AUGCUCGAAGUCAUCAAUGAUGAUUUACCGGAGACCGUAGAAGAGCAGGCGAUGAGGUUAGACAAGGUCUUUCAUCAAAAAUACCGAGGCGGGGUAGUCGACGAGUUCCUCCAAGCCCUUUCCAAAUAUGAAUCUAUGUAUAGGGAUGACACAUAUCACGGAAAAAUCAUCAGUAUUCAGCAGUCCCACGGCACCGGAAGAUCGUGUCUCGUUGAAGAGUUAGGAAGUCAUGGCGAGGAGAUAACAGCGGCAUUUUAUGGAGCACUGUUAGAGGUUGUAACAGACGCGAUGGAGCCAUCCCCAUCGCCUAAAGAGGCGAUGCGUGCAUGGCAGGUGGAACUCCCUGCAGCCAGUCGCCGUCAGCAGUUCACCAAGGUUGCGAGGCGUGCAGAGAAGAUCCUCGCAGAUUACGAGACCAAACUCGAAGACAUGAUAUCCAACUCGACUGAACGGAAGACUGAAGUUGUCUUCCGUCAGGAUUUAGACACAUUUUUUCAUCUUGCUCAACCCAGAAUGCAAGCCCUCGCCACGAAACUGUGCGCGCUUGGUUACAGUCGAUUCAUCGUUGCCUUCGACGGGUGCACUGCUCUCAACAGAAUAUAUCGCGGAAUGUUGCGCGCUCCCAUUGGACGGACCUCGCUGGAUGCUUUGGGGCGCGUCAUCAAAGCUGCCGACGGUUGCGAACAUUCUCAUGGUAUCGUAUUUUGGCACCUUUUUGUGAACACAGAGGCGUCUGUGCCUCCACUGGCCAUCCAAAAGGAAAUUCCGUCUAAUUUCGGAUUUCUCGCAGAUCUAUACAUUCCUUUGCCCGUCUGGGUCUACCUGGGAUUUGAUCAGCUCAGGGAGGAGGCCAUGGAACGACUAGAGAAGCCGGAAGACGCACUGAUAUUGCACAACCUCAAAUUCUUCGGGCGUCCGCUUUGGAAGACUUGUAGAAUGAUCGAUCUCUUGCGCGAGGCCACACUCAGGCUUUUCGGUAUCUAUAAUUUCAACCCGAACGAUCAGCAUCAUGUGUUUGCCGCCUUCGCAAGUCGAGUCCUUCUCGAAGUUGCCGACAACGCAGCCGCAAGUCCAGUGGCAGAGACCGCGGUGGCCCGACACAUGCGCAUGUUGAUGGGUGUCGUCCGCGGCGGGGUCAGCACCAAAGCGCCCUCCGAACCGCUUCUCGCUAUUGCUGCGGCCCAAGAGUUGAGUCAAAAAGGUGACUUGUGCGGCCGGCUCCUCAUGACACUGGCCCGCGACAAGGCGACCCUUCCCCAUGGAGGCCGAUUUGUUCAGACAAAAGGAGACAGACACCUUGACGCGAUCUCAGCCGCCACCUUCAGUCAAUUUCUCGUCACCUUGCUUGGAGACGACUUGGGUCUUUCUAAGGAAGAGGACCAGAGAUCUCUUGGAUGCUGGGGGAGCGGCGUUUGGCUUAACUUUAUGCAUUUCGUGCAAAUUGAUACUGACAUCGACAAAAUCACGCCCAAAUAUCUACGCGAGCUCUGGACUCGCACUUGCGCGGCGCAGUGCAAAGUCGGUCAUCCAGUGAUAGACGGAUUUCUCGUGGGCUACGAGGGAAACAUCGAGGAGCCGAUUGUUUUGAAAAAAUUCAUACUUAUCUCGUACCAGAUCAAAUCGAGAUCGACUGGGGCCAGGAAAUGCGCUGCUGAAGGCUUGACCUGUCCUUUCAUCGUGCAAGAAAACGGUGCGCUCUUCAAGCCCAAACACAUCGCGCUCUUCCUCAAUCUAGCGACUACCGUCAACCCCCCAGGUCUCCGUGGCUCUCACUCUAAGGUGUCGUUCGAAAAGGCCGAUCCUACGAGUUGCAAGUGGGCUGGGUACGCCGAGAAGGAGGAGGACGAGGUGGCACGGUGCUGCUUCAACGUGAGAGGGUAUGGCGUGGGCCAGUAUCCCGUCAUCCGAAGUCUCGAAAGUCUAUUUGAAGAGAUGUUCCGGCAUGCCCUUGCUUGUUCACAGCUUGAAUUCCAGAAGUAUGCAGACGCGCUGCAAGAGGUUACAAGGGUCGCCAAGGUGUACUAG